AUGGCAACUUCCAGGUUGCCCGCCGUGCCUGAGGAGGAGACUACCAUCCUCAUGGCCAAGGAAGAGCUUGAGGCCCUGCGUUCGGCCUUUGAGUCUGGCGACAUCCCUCAGGCGGCCUCUCGCCUCCGGGAGCUGCUGGCCACCACGGAGAGCACCAGGCUGGAGGUGGGCGUCACGGGCGAGUCGGGAGCCGGCAAGUCCUCCCUCAUCAACGCCCUGCGCGGCCUGGGGGCCGAGGAUCCCGGCGCAGCUCUCACCGGGGUGGUGGAGACCACCAUGCAGCCGUCGUCUUACCCUCACCCACAGUUUCCCGACGUGACCCUGUGGGACCUGCCGGGGGCCGGCUCUCCGGGCUGCUCGGCGGACAAGUACCUGAAGGAGGUAGACUUCGGCCGCUACGACUUCUUCUUGCUCGUGUCCCCCCGGCGCUGCGGCGCCGUGGAGACGCGCCUGGCCUCGGAGAUCCUGCGCCAGGGCAAGAAAUUCUACUUCGUGCGCACCAAGGUGGACGAGGACCUGGCGGCCACCCGCAGCCAGCGGCCCUCGGCUGAGCAGCACCCCAGCUCCCCGCCUCGGAUCACUGCAUUGAGGACCCAUGCCUUCAACACCGAGGUCUUUUUGGUGGUGCUUGUGAUCCAAGCCACAGCAGCGUGGCUGAGUGUGGUCCCUGGGACUAGGCUGAAAGGCUGGAGAGCUGAGGAGGUGACUGGUUCUGGAGCCUGCACGAAGCAGGUGGCAGACAAGGAGGGUGGGACAAGGGAGCUGGGCUCACCCAAGUGGGGCCAUCUGCUCCCUGAGGAUCCCCAGUUCUGA